CAUGAAUCAGUUUUGUUUUGUGAAAGUUGUAAAGAGUGUAUGACGUUUCUCCAGCCGUUCUGGUCCUUGUAUCUGUCAAAAUAUCCAUAAUAUUGGGUUGUAAUUAGGUUUUUUGCGUGUAUUUCCGGUAUUUCCGUGUGAUUUGGUGUUUGUUAUGUGUCCGUGUGAAAGUGAAUGCGAAAAUUUACGAUAAGAUGCCUUUGGAAUUCGAGUAAUUUGCGAAAAAUACAGAUAAGGGCGAGAGAGAAUGUUCAACUUUAUCAAGAAGGCGGGUACCGGAGUUACGUACGAUAAAGAUGACAAAGAGAAAAGGAAGAGGGAGAAGAAAGAGAAGAGGGAAAAGCAGAAAAGAGAGAGGGCCAGCUUGUCUACAGAGGAAAUCCUGAGACUAGACGAGGUUAGGAAAUCCCUGAAGAUCGGCCGGAGGAAGGAGAAGGAGAAACUGCCGUCCGGCAUAACCGCCGACUACACCGCCGACUUCCUGGCCAGCCUGGAGCGCGACGACCAGACCUCCUACACCAUCCAGGACUCCCCCUCGCACGCCGGCCACCUCCAGGACGGCUACACGCAGAGCGACAGCUCCGAGACCAGCCUCAACUCGCUGAACCAGCAGCGGCUCAAGGCGCCGCCCGCGCUGCCUCCCAAGCCGCCCAAGAGGGGCAUCCUGAAGGCGCCCAGGGCCGCGAGGACCGGCGGCGGGGGCGAGAACGGCAACGCGGACGCGGCCGACCACGCGGACCUGGCCAGGAACACGCUGCGCAACGAGGUGAUCGAGUACCAGAACCUGCAGAACGGCAGGACGAACGGCAAGGACGUGUCCGAGCAGCUGCUGGUGAUCACGUCUACAUCGCCCAGCGGCGACUCCUUCUCGGACACGACGAAUUCGAGUUUCGCCACGCCGCCGUUCUCGUUGAGUCCGAUCGGGGAGUCCCAGGGGUUCCAUCGAUGGAACCGAACGUCGAACCUAGAAGACCUCAACCUACCAUUACCCGCCAUCACACCUAUGGUCCUUCCCCCACCCCGGACACUAACCAUCGCCCGCCAAAAACCUCCCCGCACCGAUUUCGGCUUCUCCCUGCGUCGAGCCAUGGUCCUGGAGAGAACGCCCGCCAACGAUGGCGGCGGCGCCUCCGGCGUCGUCAACAUGAGGGCGGUCAUCUUCGCUGAACCGGGCGCCGUGGUGCAAAACGUCAACGAGACUGGCCUCCUCCCCGGGGAUAAGCUGCUCGAGGUCAACGGCGUCUCCGUCCACGACAGGACCAGGGAGGACAUCAUCGACAUGAUCAAGGCCAGCGGCGACUUCGUGACGCUCAAGGUGCAACCGGUGGCGGAGUUGAGCGAGUUGAGUCGAAGAUCGGCGCAAGAUGGCGGAGAGAUUGUCCUGGACGAUUCGAACAUCAAGGGGGGCACUUUGAGGAGGUCCGGGAGCUGCAGGUUCAAGAAUUCAGCCACGGCUAAGACGGAGGAGCAUCUGCAGAAGGAGAAGCAAUGGUUGGAGAAGGAGAAAGUAUGGUUCAUGCACAGGGGAGGCUUCACGCUUGCUACAAAAAUUCAGAAUGAGCAUUUGGAUUCCGGCAAAGUGAAAAUCCACAUAGACCAAACCGGCGAAAACCUGAUUGUGGACGAAGAUGAUAUUGAAAUUGCUAAUCCACCUCAGUUCGACAGGGUGGAAGAUCUCACUCACUUAAGACGCCUCAACGAGUCAAGUGUCCUCCAUACUUUGAGGCAGAGGUUCGCCUUCAAUUUGAUCCACACCUACGCCAGCAAUUCCACAUUGAUCGUGAUCAAUCCCAUGGCACCAUUGGCCAUAUAUUCCGAGAAGGUGGUGUCCCUUUUUAAGGGAUGUAAAAGUGAAGAUAUGCCUCCACACAUAUAUUCGAUAUCCCAAUCAUCCUACCAUGGCAUGGUUGCGACAAGGAGAGAUCAGUCACUGCUCUUCUUGGGCAGGUCCGGCUCAGGGAAAACCACGAACUUCAGGCAUGCCAUCCAGUAUCUAGUCACGUCUGCCGGGUCCUUGAACAAAGCGGUCACGGUAGAAAAAUUGGCAGCCUUGUGGACGGUGCUGGAAAACUUCGGCAAUUGUAAGACUGUGCUGAACUCCAAUGCCACUAGAUUCACGCAGAUUUUCAGCCUUGACUACGACCAGAGCGGUGUUGUUACUUCGGCGAGCAUACAGGUACUUCUGCUGGAGAAGAACCGAAUCGUCAAGAAAUUGGACAAUGAGACAACGUUCCACAUAAUGCAGAGGAUAUUGUGUGGAGUCGAAGGUAGACUGCGCAAGGAGCUUCUUCUGGACAAUGUUUCUGGUACUGAAACUAAUCAAUUCUUCACACCCCUCCAAAAACAUGAAGAAAGACAAAGGGCCCAGACCGAAUUCAUAAAAGUCUGCUCUUCUAUGAACAUUCUGGGAAUCACCGAGACCGAACAGAAGGCAAUCUUCAUGGUGUUGGCAGCGAUAUAUCAUUUGGGUUGCGCUGGAGCUGUAAAAGCCCCCAGCAACAAUAGAUAUCAGUUCGCGAAUCCGCAAGCAGCACACAGGGCUUGUACACUGCUCGGUACAAACGUGGAGGACCUCUCAAGGUUACUUUUCAGUACUACGUCAGGUGGAAUGGUGACUCCAAAUGCUCCAAGGGCUCCAUUCAGGACUCCGUCGCCAAUAGACAAAGGUUUCGAUCGGGAAGCUGUCGGGAUGGAAGCUAUAGAAGGCCUAAUUAUUGGAUUGUACUCCGAACUGUUCAGCUGCGUUGUUUAUCUAUUGAAUAGGUCCCUAUCAGCACCAACGCACUCUGUUACGUCCAUACUCCUUGUCGACGCCCCUGGCUUCCAGAACCCAGCCUCCUGCGGACAUCAGAUAGGCGCCACAUUCGACGAUCUAUGCCACAAUUAUCUGCAAGAAAGGUUGCAGCUGCUCUUCCACAACACCAAUCUUGUCGCGCCCAAGGACAAGUAUGUUCAGGAGAACAUCGAAAUCGAUUUCGACACUAACGAUAACGAGAGCCACGUGAACCCCCUGCCUCUGGUCAAUCUACUGGACAAGACCGCUCAAAAUAGCGUGGUGAGAACUUCUUACACCGACCUGCACGAGGCAGACAGACGGGGUUUGUUGUGGCUGUUGGACGAAGAAGGCAUAUACCCGGGAUCCAGCGAUGAAUCCUUCAUAGAAAGACUUUUCACCCAUUAUAGCGAUAGAGAUCAUCAGUUGCUGCUGAGGAAGGCUCCGGGGAACAACCAGUUCAUGCUUCAUCAUCUCCAAGGUACCAACCCCGUUCUUUAUACCGUCAAGGGGUGGUUGAAGAGUAGUAGGGAGAAUCCUAUGGCUAGAGCCGCGAUGGGUAUACUGUUGGAGAGUUGCAAGGAAGAUUUGAGCAAGCUCUUCGUGAAUGUUAGAGGACUAGGGGGCUCUGGUAUGAGUAGUUCUAUGUUAGCAAUCGAUGGUUCGCAGUCUUUGAAGCGAGCUUCCAGUAUGAGGAGGACUUUUGGUGGAAACGCCGCUAUGAAGAGAAGGAGUGUAUGUCUACAGACAAAAUUCACCAUCGACGGUUUGAUAGAGACUUUGCGACGUACGAAACUUCGAUUCGUGCAAUGCAUGUUGCCAUCUCACGAUGCAGCUUGCAACGACGUCAGUUCUAACCUCUUGGGAGUGAAGAACGACGGUAUCGACGACUUGAUCAACUUGCCUCUGCUGAGAUCGCAGAUAAGGGGAGCUCAGAUCUUGGACUCUGUGAGGCUCAACAAACAAGGCUUCCCCAACUACAUGCCUCUAGGAGAAUUCAGGAGACGUUUCAAACUGCUGUCCGGCGAUAUCAAAUCGUCAGGACCAGUGCUGGAUGAGAGAAAAGCGGUAGAGGACAUGUUGCAGACAUUGGAUCUGGAGCUUACCAGUUAUAGGGUUGGACUGAGUGUGGUGUUCCUCAGAAAUGGUAUACUCUCCCAGCUGGAGUCGCAGAGGGAUGAGUGCCUUGGUGGUAUGGUGGUCAAGCUGCAGGCUCACUGCCGAGGCUACCUGGCUCGUAAGAAACUGUCCCAGAGGAAACUCCAAGACCUGGCCGUUAGGUGUAUCCAGAGGAACGUUCGGAAAUUCAUGCUCGUUCGCGACUGGCCAUGGUGGAGGCUUUUGGUCAGGGUAACUCCCUUGCUCAACGUCCAUAGGACUGAGGAGAAGCUCAAGAUGAAAAUGGAGGAAUUAGAGGCGCUGAAGGCCAAAUACGAAAAAAUAGAACAAGAAAGGACACUACUCAAACAUGAGAACGACAAGUUGGAGGCUAAGAUGAGCGACAUGGCCGCCGACCUGGCCGAAGAACAGUCCGCGGCGACGUUGGCCACAGAAAGGCUGGAAGCCGAGACCGGCGAACGUUUGAGGCUCGAACGAGAGCUCUCGGAGGUGACCACCAAGAACAAGGAGCUGAACAGGGCUAGCGAGAGGCUCGAGAUGGAACUGCUGUACGCGAGGUCCGACCUGAACGGCAUCUCCGAGGAGGACGACGACGAUAACGAGGCCGAAGGUGGCGGUGUAUACAAACAACGUUACGAGAGGGUGUUCAGGGAGCUGGAGUUCACCAAGAGGAGGUUGAGGCAGCAGCACGAGGACGAUCUCGAGCAGCUGGUGGGGCUGAAGAAGCAGCUGGAGAAGAAGUUGAACGAUGCUUACGAAGAAGCUGAAGAACAGAGACAGGUAGUCGGACAGUGGAAGAACAAGGUGCAAAAAUUGAACGGCGAAAUGAACGAUCUUAAACUGCUGCUCGAAGAGCAGAACGCAAGGAACAAUCUGCUGGAGAAGAAACAGCGGAGGUUCGAUUCGGAGACCCAGAUGCUAAACGACGAACUGAAGAAAGAGAGGAACGCCAAAGAGAGAGCGGUUCGAGAAAAGGAGGUGUUGAUAACAGAGAAAUACAGCGUGGAGACUGCCCUUGCGGACACCAGGUUGGAGCUGGACCUCAAAGAGCAGAAGCUGAACAUUCUCCAGAGGGAAUACGAUGAAUUAACUUGCGGCGAAAGGACAGAAGAGGAAAUAACGAACCUCAGGAGACAGAAGAUCGAGCUGGAGAGGAAAGUAAAGGACCAGGAGGAAGAACUGGACGAACUGGCUAGUCAGGUGCAGUUAUUGGAACAGGCGAAGUUGAGGCUGGAGAUGACCGUUGAGAGCAUGAGGAAGGAGGCCAAGAAAGAGGCAAAUCUGAGGGACGAAGAAAUGGAGGAGAUGCGAGGAAAUGCGCAGAAAAGGGUCAAAGCUUUGGAGGCUCAACUGGAGAACGAACACGAAGAAAGGACUAUGCUUCUGCGUCAAAAACACGAAUUGGAGCGAAGACUGGCUUCUGCUGCCGAAUCCGAAAGGCAUGAUAGGGAGGGUGAUGAGGUGCUGAUCAGGAGGCUGAAGAACGACUUGAGAAAAACGAAGGCAUUGCUCAGGGACUGCCAAACGCAACUGGACAUGCAAAAAGCUGAUGCUCCAGGAAAGAACGUUAUAAGGCAACUGAAGAACCAAGUGGAAGACUUAGAGUGCGCCAGGGCCUUGGCGGUCAAGAUCAAACAAAGCCUCGAGGCCGAGCUCUCCGACACUCAGUCUCAGCUGGAAGAAUCGAACAGGCUGAGGCGAGACGCCGAAGAAAAGGCCAAUCACCUGGCCAGAGAGAAGGGCGAGCUCCAGUCUCAGCUGGAAGAGAACGAAGAAGAACUGGCCGAGGUGUUCAAGAAGUACAAGGCGGCCAUCCAACAGAUGUCGCUGGACCAGAUGGCGCUUCAAGAGCAGGUGUCCUUGGUAUCCGAGUUAGAGGUGGAAAGGAACCAACUGAAAGAGCAGCUGGCGGAGUUGACCACGAAGCUGGAGAGCGCGGAGUAUAUGGGCGAUGCUUCGUCGAAUCUCCUUGCCAAGAGGAACGAGUUCAAAGUGAAGGAGCUGGAGUCCAAGUUGGACCUGGAGCAAUCGACCAGGAGCAGGUUGGAGAUCCAGAUAUCCCGUCUGAAGGAAUCGGUGGAGAAGCUCCAGUCGGAAGUGACCGCGUGGAAGACGAAGGAGCAGCAGGCCCAAGACCAGAUCAAGAAACUUCAACGGUCCCUCAGGGAAACGAAAGAGGAGCUGAACAACGCCCUAUCGAAAGAGAUGGAGGCCAGCCAGAGGAAGAAGGACCUGGAGAAGAGGCUGGAGAAUCUGGAGACGGAGGCGGCGAGCGAGAGGAACGAUCUGAAGUUGGCGAAGAAGCGAAUCGAAGAUCUGCAGCUGGCUUUGCAGGGAGAGCUUGGGGAUAGUGUUUCAGAUCAUUCCGAAAGUGACCCUGGCGAUUCAGACUGCGAUUCAGUCGAUACAUAUCUUCCCAACAACAGAGGUUCAUCAUUUGACGGAAGAAGAUUCGACAAUUUGAGCCGAUCAAGCACAUCCUCCAGCAAUCUAGGAAAGGAGGCGUCAUUUACCUGAGUAGCGCAGAAUCUGUGCCGGACAUUUUCUUGGUUCUUCUAUCGCAGAGAUGGACAAGAUGAAGGCACAGAUGACGCGAGAGAAGCCGUGACGGAAUUUGUCUGAUGGAACCAUCAUUAUCGGAUGUGAUAAAGAAAUUGUACUGUAUAAAAGUAUGAAGGUUAUAACCUCAGACCUCUUAAGAGUUCGACAGAAAGAUUCGAAAUUUUAUUAUUUAUUAUGUAUCAUUUUAAUAUUGUAAUUUUUGUAUAUAUUUCACAGAAAGGUCGUUCGUACAUGAGAAUCGGUGGAGGAGAUUUGUCAAUUUGUAUGACGAGAAUGUAUUUAGCAUUUCUUCAUGAAGUAUAUUUGUAUAUAAUGCAUCGCGAAAUGGACUUCUGUUGUAUCGUCCACCAAUGUGGCGUUUGUUAUUCUUGUCACUAUUUAGAGGGCUCAUUUUAAGAAGUCGUCUAUAGUGCCUUUUAUGAAGGAGUUGUUCAUAUGAAUUUCAGUUAAAUAUAUUGUAUAGAAAAUAUGUAUGUGUACCACUGCUAGCUUUGUAUACCUGUAUAUUUACCAUGUAAGUUAUUAAUAAACGCUCUGUUCAAGGAGAAUAGAGGAACCUCUCGUGAA